AUGGGAGCGUGUGGCGAAAACACAGCUUUAACUCAGGUGGAGAUUAUUCGGACCUACACAGCAAAACAGCCUGAUGAGUUAUCCCUACAGGUAGCAGACGUUGUCCUGGUGUAUCAGACAGUCAACGACGGUUGGUAUGAAGGAGAAAGACUGAGGGAUGGAGAGAGAGGCUGGUUUCCCAUGGAAUGUGCAAAGGAAAUUACAUGUCGGGCUACACUAGAAAAGAAUAUGGAGCGCAUGGGACGUUUACUUGCUCUGGAAACCAAUGUGUAGACUCCAAUAUUAGCCAUUUCUUUACUGCAACAUUUGCACUAUAGUAGCACCACUGUGCAUAGGGAAAUAAAAGGGAACACAAUCUUCAAUCUGCUUUGUCAUGAAGGUACAACUUCCCAAAGCUGUGCAAACUCCGAGAGUACUGAACUGAGGAUAUCAUAGCUCCCUGCUUGUCAGCUAAUAUUAUCUCCUCCUCUACUUUUAUCUCUGAAAUGUGCUAGAGAAAGUUUAAACUGAUGAGACCUAUAUACAGAACACAUCAGGAAAUGCCCUUACUAAAGACUUAGAAGAGCUCUCAGAUUCUUAAUCAGGCUUAGUGUGA